AUGAAAUUUUGUUUUAAUUUCAGUCGAUAUUAUGAUACUGAGGCCCUGAUAGCUGACCCGGUAGAUGGACCAAUAUUUGCCUCUCUUCUGGUUGGUCCUUGUGCCCUGGACUACACGAAGAUGAAGACCACAGAUCACUUUUGGACAGAUCCCCCCGCUGAUGAAUUGGUGCAGCGCCACAGGAUACAUUCCAGCACUAACCACCUGACGGGACCAGGCUCACCUAAACGGCCGGGUCUGCAGAUGAGGAACACCAGCUCUAGCAGUGAGGAGAGUUCUAAGAGUUUCCAUCACUCCGCUCGGGACUAUGUGGAAUCGCUCCACCAGAACUCCAAAACAACUCUACUGUAUGGAAAAAACAAUGUACUGGUUCAGCCGAGAGAGGACACCGAGCCAUUAGCGGGUUACUUGUCCCUCCAUCAAUCGGCCGAGGGUCUGACCAUCAUGUGGACACCUAAUCAGCUGAUGAAUGGAUGUUGUGAGGACACAGAUGAUGAAAUUGAUCGCAGCCUGUACUGGGACUAUGCUUUAACUGUGUACCUAGAUGAAAUAGUGUAUAUCCACUGUCACCAGCAGCCUGACUGUGGUGGCACCAUUGUAUUGGUGGGUCAGGAUGGGGUACAGAGACCCCCAAUCCAUUUCCCAAAAGGAGGGCACCUGCUGGCAUUCCUCUCCUGUCUUGAGAACGGUAUCCUACCCCAUGGACAGCUGGACCCCCCUCUCUGGUCACAAAGGGGUAAAGGCAAAGUCUUCCCAAAACUGAGAAAGAAGGGGAGUCGACUCUCUCUGCUUUCAGGCAGCACGAGUUCCACAGGAAGUAGCACGAGUUCUAGUGCUGACGAGGAGGAGGCCACAGAUUACGUGUUCCGCAUCAUCUCUACGUGCCGACCCGACAGCAUUCCUCCAGAAAUGAUGGACCCUAAAGUGAAUGUGAAGGGAGACUACUCCUGGGCUAACAAGAUUCCGCGAGCUCCUGCUCUGGUGGACUCGUCGUCCGUACAAAGUUACGCCAAAAUCCAGGAACAGCAGAACAGCUCCUGUCUGAAUAAGUCAGCCACAGAUCACAGGACAACAAUUAAACAUUUAUGUGACACGAUGAAGACUCAGAUUAUCUCUAGGGCCUUCUAUGGAUGGCUUGCCCAUUGCCGACACUUAAAAACGGUUAGAACCCACCUGUCUGAGUUAGUUCUACACCGGAUUGUCCCGGCCAGCAUUCCUUAUGACGCUUCUUGUGGGCUGACACAAAGGACGUGGAGGGAACUCAAUCAGAAUGGAUCAGUGUCUAAUCCAGAAGAAGUCUACAGACUUGUUUAUUAUGGUGGAAUAGAACACUGCAUCAGGAAAGAGGUUUGGCCAUAUCUCCUGGGUCAUUAUUCCUUCAAGAGUACAGAGGAGGAGCGGCAGAGAAUAGACAGCCAUGUGAAGACUCUGUAUGAGAAGACGAUGUCUGAAUGGCUGGCAGUGGAGGCCAUUGUAAGACAGAGAGAGAAGGAAACAAUGGCUGCCAACAUCCUCAAAAACAUGUCGUCUGAGAGCACAGACAUGGCACUGCCUGGGCCUUUUACUCGAGGAGACUCGAGUCUGAGUAAUGAUGUGUUUGAGUCCCUGGAUGAGUGGGACAACAUCAUGACCCAGGAGACAGUCAUAGAGGAGAGCUCCACCACAGGGACUACAUGUACCCCCACCACAGACAGGAAGCAGAGUCUGGAGCUCCACCUACAAGGGGAGAUAAUUACAGUGGAGGAACAAAUCUCACAAAAUAUCAAACUGAAUAAAAGAGAUUAUGUGUGUAAGUCUUUCUCUGAGAGUCCAGACGAUGGACUUGGGGACUCUAUAGCCCCGCACAGUUCUCAGGAGAGAUCCAAACUGGACUCAGCUGAGGAUUCUGAGGGUACAGACUUCUUUAAGAGUGACAGGGAUGGAAGCUUGGAGCGAGCUGUUCACCUGACUAAACUCUCCUGUUCUUUAGACAGUGCCGAGGCUGAUGUAGAGGAAGUGAGUGAUGAUAGUAGUGAUGACGAGGAUAGCGAUGUGUCGUCAGAUCAGGAAAUGACAGAGGGCACAGCCAAGUCUACACUGGGACCAACAACAACAGAACAAAACAGAAGACUGUCAGCUUCUAAGGAGAGUUUGAUUUCCCUGGCCUCCCCAGCCUCACACGGAGGAGUGUACUCAGCAGAAAUGUUGGACACUGUUGGUCUAAAUCUCCACAGAAUAGACAAAGACGUACAGCGGUGUGACCGUAACUACUGGUACUUCACGCCAGCUAAUCUGGAUAAACUCCGCAAUAUCAUGUGCACGUAUGUAUGGGAGCAUCUUGAUGUUGGUUAUGUGCAGGGCAUGUGUGAUCUUGUGGCACCACUUCUAGUCAUAUUUGAUGAUGAGUCUUUGACCUAUAGCUGCUUCUGUGAGCUAAUGAAGAGAAUGUCUGCUAACUUCCCCCAUGGAGGAGCCAUGGACACACACUUUGCCAACAUGAGAUCUCUAAUUCAGAUUCUGGAUUCUGAGCUGUUUGAACACAUGCAUCACCAUGGUGACUACACACACUUCUACUUCUGUUAUAGAUGGUUCCUAUUAGAUUUUAAACGAGAGCUGAUCUAUGAUGACGUAUUCUCAGUAUGGGAGACAAUCUGGGCAGCUAAGUACAUCAGCUCCCCCCAUUUUGUGCUAUUUAUAGCCCUAGCGUUAGUGGAAUUUUACCGGGACAUCAUCCUAGACAAUAAUAUGGACUUUACAGAUAUCAUCAAGUUUUUUAAUGAAAUGGCUGAGAGACAUAAAGCCAAACAAGUUCUGAAGAUUGCUAGAGACUUAAUUCAUAAACUUCAGACACUUAUAGAAAAUAAAUAAGGAGUUUAGAAGUCAGUUCUCAUUGUCAUUUAGGAAAUUCCCUGAAAUUUCAUCAUUCUGAAAAACAAAGGCUAAAACUUGUAGAAACUGUUCAUAAUUCAGUUGCCAUUGAAUAAUAACCUUUGGUAUUAAUAUGGUAGAAAUCCCAUGUUACAAGGUAGUUUUUUCAUCUUGUACUGUGGCUUUGCAAUUUUUUAAAACAAAGUUGACAUACAAUGUAGCGUUGUUAAUUUACAGUGAAUUCUAAGACUGUAAGAAAAUGAAUUAUUUUUUAACAAAGAGUUAAAAAUGGCAUGUUUACUUGUUUUUUAAUAUCAUGACACAAUCUCAUUUGUUUUUUUUAUUCUGAUCUUUUCUCAACAGAAUCAGAUGCAAAGUUAUUUUUUAAAUUUGUUACUUUUGCUCAAAUACAG